UUUCGUCGUGUUUGGUUCGCCCCUGGAGGAAGCGCUCAAAGCUUUGAAUAAAACAAACCAAAACAAAUCGAAAAUCCCCUUUAAAAAGAAUAAUACAAACACUCAAAUCGAAUAUAUAUAUACUUGGAGUUUUGACAAGUGGUGCUAUUCAGAAAAUUAACCCCCUCUAAGAAUCGCUUUUGAAAGUGUGCCAAAAACUGGGUUAUUGAAAAACUCAAAACUGUGCAACUAUCCAUUUACCCCAGUGAACUGUGUGAGCUUCUGAGCAAAAUAAAAACCCGCCAAAAAUUCUGAGAAGUGCCAAAAACGUUGCAGCGAACCCAAUCCGCACGAGUGUUACAAGUGUGUUCAGUGCUAAAGAUACCAGCGAGUCGAGUUGCAUCUUAAGCUGCAACUUUGAUAUCGUCACAUUUUGGCAGCGACUGCUUCAGUUCAAUUGUCUGGUCUUCGGGCGAAUUCCUCACUCCACGCAGGCCAUCAAAAAAACUGCCAAAAUUCCGAAGAAUCCGAGGAAAACACCAAAAACAUCGACACGUACCGCAUCGGCAACCGGUGGCGGUGGGGGAGGUGCUGGCGGAGGCGCCACCACCAGCACGAAAAUGGCAUCUAAAAGAAAAGCCUCGGUGUUGCUGCACAAGGAAACCAUUCCGGCAACACCGGUCGUGAGCACCGAUACCACCGCUGGUGUGGUUGGUGUUGGAGUCACCGGAGGAGGAGCGGGUGCUAGCGCAGGAGGCGGAGCUGGUGGCACCGGUGGACUUCUGGGCGAGGUGGUCAGUGGACUGGGCGGCGGCCUUGUCAGCGAAUCCGAAGCCUAUGCCGGUUUGAUGAAGGACGCCGAUAAGCUGAAACUGAUGCUACUAGCCUGGAAUUAUCAGAAUUCGACGGCAGUGCGAAAUGGAACCGAGGGUCCCGAUCUUAGCGUGGUUGGUGGUCUGUGGGCACAGUACCAAAAUGCCUUGGCCCAGAAUGCAGCUGCAGCGGCGGCGGCCAGUGGCAAGAUGGACAGCUCAUUGUCGCCGGUACCGCGCCAGGAUGCUCACUCGCCCAUGGAGACGCAGGACGAGACGAACUCUUCUGGUCAGAAGGAGGAGGACGAGGUGUCCGAGGAUGACUCCGAUGAUAAGCUGGAUGAGAAACUGGCCACCACACACGAUCCCGAGCGGCUCAAAGCCUUUAAUAUGUUCGUCCGUCUGUUUGUCGAUGAGAAUCUAGAUCGCAUCAUCCCCAUCUCGAAGCAGCCAAAAGAGAAAAUCCAGGCCAUCAUUGACUCUUGUGCCCGGCAGUUCCCCGAGUUCAGCGAUCGAUCCCGCAAACGCAUCCGCACUUAUCUCAAGUCGUGUCGUCGCAAUAAGAAGACCCGCGAUGGAUGGGAGAAUACGACCCGACCCACUCCCGCACAUCUGACGUCCGUGCAGGCGGAGCAAAUCCUGGCCAUUGCCUGCGAAAACGAGUCCAUGAAUGCCAAACGGAUGCGCAUCGGCCUGGAGCCCAUUACGCACGCAGUUCCCGCUCCUGGAAGUGCAGUAGCCGCAGCAGCAGCAGCAGCGGCAGCCGCUGCGGUAGUGGCUGCCACGAGUUCUGGCGCCGGCGGCACCAGCACCACCACCGCCGGAAAUGCCACAGCUACCUGCGGCAUGGGUGGAGUGGCGGAUGCCGCCGGACUGACCAGUGUGGCAGCCGCCGCCCUUCCUUUUGUCAGUGCCGUUGGCUUUGCCCGGUCCACACCGAACUCAGAGCACGCGGAUGUUCUGCCCUUCGGAGGGGCGAGCACUGUGGGCGGCAGUGGGGGCGGUGGCGCUGCCGGCGGAGGUGGUGGCGGGAUGAGCUCGGCGCGCAGCUCUCCUUUGGCCCUUAGCUCGAAUGCCAGCGUGAGCGGUGGCGCCAGUGUCACUGGUUUGACCCUGGCCAAUGGAGCUGGUGCCUCCAACGGAGCCGGUCUGCCGGCCAGCAGUCCUUACACCACGGACUUUAGUUCUCCCUCAACGGCCUCGCCUUUUGUAGCUGCGGCUGCGGCCGUGGCCGCUGGCCGAGCUCCCAGCUAUCCCGGAUACUUUCCAGGAGUCGCUGGACUAGGAAAUGUUACGCCCACCGAUCUCUCGAUGAAGCCAACCAGCCUGUCCAGCGGCCUUGGCGGCAACUUGGUUAGUAACAACAACAACAGCUCCGUGGCCGGCAACAUCAAUUCCCAGCUGAGUGCUGCCAAUUUGGCCAGCCUGAGUAAUGCGAACAACAACAAUGCAUUAGUGACUGCCACCCAGCAGUUGCAACAGCUCCAGCAACAGCAGCAGCAGCAACAACAACAGCAGCAACAGCAACAGCAGCAACAACAACAGCAGCAACAACUCCUGGUUGCCGGCGGUGGCGGGAUGGAUGGUCAAUCCGUUCGAGCGCCGCCAAUCCUACCACACAAACUGAGCGCCAACGAAGUGACAGCCGCCCGGCAGGUGAUAUCCGCUUACCGCGAAAGUGCCGCCUUUCUGCUCCGCACCGCCGACCAGGUAGAGCAGCUGCUCGUCCAGCAGCAAUAGGCGUGGCCCGAGAACCGAGCAGGGUUGUUCCUAUUUUAAAUUAAAUUUAAAAUGUAUUACACACACACUCCAAACAAGUGAAACACACACAAGCCAAACUAAGCGAAAAUAGUCAAACCAUAUAGCGCAAAACACGAAGAAGACGACGAAUUAACACUGGCUCACAGGAUGCAAGGCAGAACCAUAUGUAGUUAAAGAAGUUCGUUCAAACAAAACAUUUUAAGUGUUUUUUCCUCCAACUACGUACAGCAUAUUUAAAGAAAAUAGAACUUAACGAUAAACAAAAACCAAAAGAAAUAUUGCAAAUAUCACAACAGUAAAAUAGUAGAGCUGCUCCAGUUAGCUGACUUGGAUCUCAACUAAAUUCCAUAUAAACUUCACUUCGGUUUCCAUAGACAUUAAAUAGUAUCCACUAAACGGGAUGGUUUCAUUGGAUUCUCUUAAACUAAUUUGAAUUUGAAUUUUCCUUUAAAAUAGUUCUUUAUAAACGAUCAAAAUCAGAUACCAUUCAGAUAGCAAAGGCGGCUCUAGUUAAAAUAAAACCAAGCAGCAGUUCAAUGUACUACAGUGUCUACUAAAAGUAAACCUACAAUAGCCAUACACCAACACUCGCAUUGAUUUUGUUUCAACUUUUUAUUAUCGCAUAUUUUUGGACUCUCGUCCUUUGGAGAGCAGCAGAUUCCGGGCCCGUUUUUAAAGUGCGCGAUUUGUUAAAAAAAAUUAAAUAUAAUUAAUAAGUUGAAGUAUUGUUGUAAAUUUUAAGAAAAUGGAUAAAAAAAGGAUAAAACCGAAAAAAAAACGUAAAACUAUGAGAAAACACAGGGUGAUACUUUGAAAAAUUAUUACAAUGCAUAAGCUAAAAAUUAAUAAAAGAAAAUGUAAAAAAAAUUUAUGGAAAUGAAGUAAGGCAUAGAUGUUGGUAAAUGUGUAUUUAACGUUUAGAAAUUACAUUUGUAUACUGUUUCCAGGAUUUAUUGUUCUUAAUUACCAUAAAUUUGAGUUUUUCAACUUGUUUCCCCUUUUUUAUUAGGUGUAUAUAAUUUUCCAGUUUUUAUUCUGAGAGAUUUUUGGUUUAACUGUUGCUUUUUACUCACAUUCGAUUAUUAAAUAGAUACGGAAUAAAAUAUUUAAAUACAAAAUAGCCAUUCAUGUUUUUUGCAAAUAUAAAUGUGCAUGUAAAAAUAAGGAAAACUCUAACACAAAAACAUUGAAGAACACGCAUGGAACAUCGGUAUGUAUGAGUGUGCAGAAGGAUAUUGAGAUCCGUAAUGCAAGGCAAAUUAUAGAAUUUAAUUAUAUAAAUUAAUUGCUAAAAUUAUUUAAUCACGAAUAAUUACUGACUACACCUAAAUAAAUACUCCAAACAAACUUGAUAAAUGGCUUGCAAGCAGGAGAAAUAUUUAUACGGAAUACUUAAAUAUAAUGUAAUGUGUGGCAUUUGCAUUGAAGAGUAAACUAAUUAAACUAACACGAGGGCAACACAAAUGAAACAAGACAUUUUAAAAAUCGAA